AUGACUGACUCGUGUCUCCGGUCCCCUGACUCGCCCGUUGAUUCCGCCAUGUUCCCGCCCGUGUACAACCGCUCGUUGUCCUCGUCGUCCUCGUCGUCGUUGUCGUCCAGGACCUCCAUGUCAUGCGACACCCUCAACCACAACCACAACCACGACCACCACAACCACCACAACCUCCACUUCCCCAACAACCGGAGUGUGUUGAAAACCUUGAGCAGCAGCACUACGUUAAAGCACGAACUCGAGCCUUUCGAGUUCCGAGCACCUUCAGCUGCCAUCCCGACGCCCCGGUCUCAAGCUGGCACGUCCCUUAGCUCAGUCUUUGGCGACCAAGACCUCAUUGACGCCAUCAUGUGCAGUCUCAACGCAGAGCAGUCCAACAACAACAACAACAACAAUGCUGCAAAAGCCGUUUCCAGCUCAAGCUUCAGCCUCAACUUCCCGACUCCUCGACGUCUCCAGCAGCAGCUGAAUCAGCUGCCACGACCGCAGUCCUUCACUGCGCUCAUGCACCAGCGACCUCUUGGCAGCCUCUCGAGUUUGACCAGUACGGGUCCUUGCAUUCAGAAACCCGGCACGUUCUUGAAUAAGGACGGUCGGUGGAUCAAGGGCAAACCAUGUCGCAUGGACAGCUGUGACAAGCGAGCCCAGUCCAAUGGACUCUGCAAAGGCCAUGGAGGGGGUGCACGAUGCAGCUUUUCGGGCUGCAGCAAGUCGUCCCAAGGCGGGGGGUUCUGUCGUGCUCACGGUGGCGGCAAGCGCUGCAUGUACGAAGGCUGUGAGAAGGGCACGCAACGCAAUGGCUUUUGCUAUUUGCACGGCGGCGUGCGGUCGUGUAGUGUCGAAGGGUGCGAUAAGAAGGACCGGGGCAAUGGCAAGUGCUUCUCUCACGGUGGCGGCCGCAAGUGUCAGGCUCACAUGUGCUUUAGCACGAUUCGACGGGGUGCGUUCUGCGACUUGCACAACGACAAGCGCGUCAAGUAG